UUAAGUCUGUGAUUCAGUAUAAAAAGUUGAUACGGUUGCAAAGAAAUUUGUAUGAAAUUUUUGUGUGUUAAUUUUGUCGAGGAAGGAAUUGAUUUACAAAACGAACAUCGAGUAAGAAUAAAUAUAAGCACAAUCUAAAUAUGGCAUUAGCAUUACAAAGAAGAGCUAACGUUCGACUACCCCCUGAAGUUAAUAGAAUUUUAUACAUCCGUAAUUUACCAUACAAAAUAUCAGCAGAAGAGAUGUAUGACAUUUUUGGGAAAUAUGGAGCUAUCAGACAAAUCCGUGUAGGAAAUACACCUGAAACUAGAGGAACAGCUUUUGUAGUAUAUGAGGACAUAUUUGAUGCAAAAAAUGCAUGUGAUCACCUAUCAGGCUUCAAUGUUUGUAAUAGAUAUCUAGUGGUGUUAUAUUACAGAUCCAAUAAAGCAUUCAAAGGUAUGGAUAUUGAAAAGAAACAGGAAGAAAUUGAUGCAUUAAAGAAGAAAUAUGGAAUAUCUUCAGAAGACUUAAGAAAAUAAUUUUUGUCUCUAAUUACAUACUGAUUUUAAAAGAAAAUAAAAUUAUUUUAUUUGUACACUUGGUUUUUAUAGUACCAUUGGAUAUAAUGUAUGUUCCUAAUUUGAUUGCUUAUAAAUUACAUCAGUGUAGUGUCAUUUAGUAAGAAAUAAAUUAAUUGAUAAAACAUUGUCACCCUGUUUAAAGGAUGCCACAAAUCCAACAUUGUUUAGAGGUCAAGUUUUUUGACCUCACUCUUGUUUGGGAUGCAGAAUCCAGCACAAUAUUAAAAAUUUUUGCUUUUGAUUUAUGAAAAUGGUUGAGCUCUCAAUCUGCCAUAGACUUGCUCGCGAUUUUCGCUUAAAAAUUGCGCUCAUUCUUGAAAAAGCUAUGAAUGCACUUUUUGAUGCAGAUAAAUUGGCUAAGCAAUUGGUAAGCAUCCAGGUGUGUAAUUAAAUCAAGGCCAACUGAAUAUGUGGCGCAGCUAUUCAAACCGAUUAUUUUGUGGAAUAUAAUAAUAAAGUCAUCCGCAUAUUGUAGAAGCUGAUGAUUGAUGAUGAUUUAUCGAAGCGUGAAUCUAAAUCAUGUGUAUAGAUAGAUACUGAUCAGCAGAGUUAAGGACUGACCCUUGUGGUAACUCUUUCCAUACAGUCCUUUUGAUUUCUGAAUUACUUGUUAAAUUCUAAUAUGUUUAUAAUUAUUCCUAUUUUUUUAAAGUAUCAAGUCGAUAGUUGAUAUCGCGGAGAAAUCUGUGAAUAUUACCCAAGUACUUACAACAAAAAUAUACGUUACGUAUAUUGUUAAAUAUUUGACUUAUUUUGUGUAAUUGUAAACACAAAAUUUCUAAUCAAACAAAAUUAUUAUUACAUGUAGGACUACCUCGAGGCCGUAUCUAAUAAAAAAGGAUUUCGAAAAUCGAUCAACAGUUCGCUGAAAAAUCCGUCAAACGUAAAACGUCUUCUUUUUGAUUUUGGAGUCUGUUAAAAAUAUGUUUCGUGGAAUUAAAUAAAUAGAAAGUUUAAACAAACAAACAUGAAACUUAUAUGAAAAUUUAUACCCUAACAAUAUUUUUGUGAGCCUAUUGCAAAAAAAAAAAUAUAAUAAAGUCCACUCAAAGAACAUAUCACUAAAAAUAAUUUAUUAUAAUAACAAAAUAUAUCUACCACGGAAGAAAUUGUUGGUAUAGCAUCUGUUUUUCAUAAUCGUCUCGAAUUAGUUCUACAAAAACAUGACGGUUCAAAGUGACAACUGCAUAUAAUCAAGUUCUUGGUAAAAUUCUGUUUCACUUGUAUAUUACUGAGCUAUUUCUGUCGCAUGUCUUCAAUUUUCAGAAAACUGUGAAUAACGAUAUUUUGCUUUGACCGCACAUUUAAUACACAUUAUCCACACUUUAUACAACUUCAUGGUAAACAUAGUAUUAAAUUUACAAUUUUGUUAUUUUUAUUUUACCAGUGAAAAAUAUAUUGCAACCACCAUAUGAUUCGCUUGGACAAGCAUUAACGCAACACUUUUUCACCAUUUUAAUUACCAAUUAAGCUACUGUACUAAAAAUGCGAAUUAUUAGUACUUAAAUAUAAUAUCAAAUUUUUCCCGCCAUGCCACUUCAAAGGGGUAUCCCUUUGAAAAGUAGGAAAUAAGUGAACAAACAGACUAUAAUAAAAAUAAAUGUGAUAUAAUAGAAAUUAAUGUGAUUAUAUAAUAACUUACAUUUUAUAAAAUAAUAACCAUUUAAAUACAAAUGUUUGAAUGUAGGUUUUCUGGUUGAAUAUUGUAAUCAACAAUAUUUUUUAUCAUGGCAAGAUGAAAGAACGAGAUAUACGGCCUCCGUUGUGACUAUCUCUCUUGGCUUGGAUUAGCUUCGGUACAAAGAGUAAUUAUAAAUAUACUUUAACCGAUAGUAAUAAGGUUCAGUUAUAAUAAAUCCAAUUAUAAGUACUAAAUCCAUGGUGCAUACAACUACC